AUAAGAAUAGUUUACCUCAUUUGAAUUCGAACAAUUGGCAUAAAUCAUUUUUAUAUUAUGAUGGAAAUUCGAUAUUUAUUGAUUUCAAUCGUCAGUGGUCAGAUUAUCAGUCAAUAAACCUCAAAAAAACGUAUUCAAUAGUUUAUCUCAUUCGUUAGACUGAUAACAACCAGUGCACUCAUUGUUAUAAUAUGUACAUUCAACGUUCUUAAAUGGAUUGAUAUUGACGUCCUGUUUCUCUUGUCUAACGUAGACUUGGAUUAGAUUUAACAAUAGAGCAGUAAUGAUGUUUUUGUGUUAUGAUGAAGAAGAACAGCAAUGAUGACAUUCAAAAUCCUAGAAACAAGGCCAGUUUCUUUUCAGUAUUAUUUUUCACGUAUACCUUAGAUAUUUUCAAGAAGGGACAGUAUUGGAAUAUUUCAAAUUUAUAUAAGCCAUUAGAUGGUCAUCGCAGUGAAGUAUUAGGAGAAAAACUUUGGAGUUUAUGGGUGUACCAUGCCGAUGAAUGUAAUAGAAUUGGGAAAACUCCGAAUAUUGUUGUUGUUUUAUUAAGAUUCUUCUGGUUGGACAUACUGAAGGAUUGUUUCUUGCUUGUUUUAUCUCUAAUUCCAAGAAUCAUACUACCUCUCUUAUUAGGCAAUAUACUAAGUUACUUUAGUCCUAAAAGUAUCAUCACCAGAUCCGAAGCUUAUUGGAAUAUCCUUCUAUUGAUAGUUUUUAAUUUUAUGAGUACCAUAGUUUCAGUCCAUUACAAAUUUUCGAGCAGUAUUACAGCUUUGAAAAUCAGAGUAGCAUGUUCUACAUGUAUACACAAAAAAAUAUUGAAGAUGAAUACAUCUUCCCAUAUUAAUGCACUUAAUGUGAUCUCAAAUGAUUUGAGUAGAUUAGAUAGAUCUUCAAACUACGUUCAUUAUGUUUGGGGGUCACCACUAUUUCUAAUUAGUAUUUUAAAUUUGCUCUACUAUGAUGUUGGUAUCUCCGGAUUGAUUGGAGUAUUAUGGUUCAUACUUUAUAUGAUUUUCCAAAGUUACUUUGCGCAUUGGAUUGGGUCCCAUAGGAACAAAAUUGCAAAAAAGACUGACAUAAGAAUGGGAUUCAUGAAUGAAAUAUUAACCAGCAUUAAAGGUAUAAAAAUGUAUGCAUGGGAAAAACCGUUUUGUCGUUCGGUGCAGAACUCCAGAGACAUCGAAAUGAAAAUUGUGAAAAAAGUAACAUAUUUUAAAGGAAUCUUGUAUUCCUUGCAAUCGUUCAUAAAUAUAACAGCAGUUUUCUUAGCCCUGCUAUCUAUGGUGAUUCUAGGAGAGGACAUAUCUGCAUCGAAGAUUUUCAAGCUUAUUAUGUAUUAUUAUUCUUUCAAUUUUGCCAUAACACUUAUGUUUCCCUUGUCUGUAACUAAAGCUACAGAAUUAUACCAAGUUCUUAAAAGGGUUAAUGAAUUCCUUCUGCAAAAUGAAAUUCUAGUCCAGAGAAAAUUUGACACUCAAGAAAUAUCAAGAGUCAUACUCAAAGAUUUUAAUGCAAUAUGGUACGACAAAAGUCUCAUAAAUAGUACCAAACCUAGUAGCCCAUUUGAUGAGGACUCCUUGAUAAAAUAUCAGGAGAAGGAUUAUAUUUUGCGGGAUAUUAAUAUGAAGUUUGAGGAUGGCAAGUUAUAUGGUAUAACUGGAGCUGUUGGUAGUGGAAAAUCUACACUACUUCUGUCAAUUCUCGGUGAAACCUUGCAAUCAGGAAGCUUGCAACUCAAUGGAUCAGUUUCAUAUGCAUCGCAAGAUCCUUGGUUUUUCAAUGAUACCAUCAAACGAAAUAUACUCUUCGAUGAACCAUUAAAAGAGGAAAGAUAUGAGAAAGUUAUCAGAAUUUGUGGAUUGAAAACUGAUUUGGAUGCUUUGCCAGAAAACGAUAGGACACUUGUUGUGGACAGUGGCCUAUAUUUAAGUGGAGGACAAAAAUCCAGGAUCAAUCUUGCCAGAGCUAUCUACAGAAAUGCUGACAUCUACCUUUUUGAUGACCCACUAUCUUCUGUGGAUGCAAGUGUAGCCAAAAGUUUGAUGGAAGAUUGCAUGUUGAAAUUUUUGAAGGACAAAUGUAGACUAUUAGUUACACAUAACGUUAAUCACCUUAGGAAAUGUGAUCGAAUUGUAAUUCUCAACUCUGGAAGAAUAGAGAAGGAAGGUACUUACAGUGAAUUGGAGAGAGAAGGAAGUCUUUCCCUUGACUAUCUGGAUGAGCCCAUUUCAGAAGAUGAGGAGAUAAAAAAGCAGCAAGGAGAAACUUUAAAAAUGAAGAAAAGUGAAAGAGUUCCUGAAAUAAGAGAAUCAAGCAAAGCUGAAAUCAAGAAAAAAUCUGAUCUUUUCGCAUACUUAACAAGUGGAAAUAACACAUGCAUAAUAUUUUCAGUGCUGCUUGUUUUCAUUAUGACACAAACUGCAGAAUCCUCCGUUUUCCUUUUCAUAAGUUAUUGGACUCAUAGCGAAGAAACCAAAGAUUAUCCUUUCAACAUCACACUGGGCCAGGAAGUGAUUAUUAUCUCGGGAAGAUACUUGCACAUUUUCAUAUUUAUGACCAUUCUUUUCGUGCUUCUGGUGAGUUCUAUAAGUCGUGCUGUAUCCUACGUGAUGAUGGUAAUGAGAAGCUCGAGAACAUUGCACAACAAAAUGCUUCAUAUGGUUAUUCAUAGUAAGAUGACUUUUUUCGAGAUGGUUGAUAUAGGUCAAAUUUUGAGCAGGUUUUCUAAGGACUUGGGAGCUGUUGAUGAAAUUCUGCCACGGACUAUACUGGAAUCAGGUAUAGUUGUACUUGGGAUCUUCGCCAGAAUACUACUAAUAGGAUACGUGAAUCCAUAUUUGAUCAUAGUGGUACUUGCCUUUAUAGCCAUCUUCAGCCACUUUAUAAAAGUUUUCAUCAAAACAUCCAAAAAUAUAAAGCGAAUAGAAGGAAAUCUUAUGGGUCCUUUACUUACACAAGUAAGAUCAACUAUACAAGGUUUAUCAACUAUAAGAGCAGUGAAUGCUCAAAGUGUUGUGGAAAGAGAAUACAGCAGACACCAAGAUAGAUACACCAGCAGUUGUUAUAUGUUUGAUACUGUAACUCAUGCCUUUAGUUUUGCUGUUGAGUUUGUUACAACUAUUUUCAUCUCGAUCGUAACAAUUAGCUGUUUUUUCAUGCAAGAACAGAUUCAUCUCAAUGGGAGUAAGAUUGGCCUAGCAAUCACACAAUCAAUGGCAUUCACUACCUAUGUACAGUUUUGUAUUAUACAGUGUGUGCAAGCCAAUAACCAUUUGGUAGCUGUAGAGCGAAUAAAUGAGUAUGAUGACCUACCCCAAGAAUCUUCUUCGAUAAAAGAUAUUGAGAUAGCAGAAGACUGGCCAAAACUUGGUAAUAUUUACUUCAAGAAUGUGAAUUUGCAGUUUGGUGAGUCAUUGGAAGUGCUGAAAGGAUUGAAUUUUACCAUUGAAACGGGCGAAAAGAUUGGUAUUGUUGGUAGAACUGGUGGAGGAAAGUCUUCCUUGAUUGCUUCCAUCCUGAAAUUAGUUGAAGUUGAUGGUGAAAUACUGAUAGAUUCGAAAAAUAUUCGAGACAUUCCUGCAGGUAUUAUUCGAAAUCGAGUUUCAGUAAUUCCUCAAGACCCUGUCCUAUUUUCUGGAACACUCAGAUAUAAUUUGGAUCCUUUUGGACUCUACGACGACCACAUCUUAAACCAGUCCCUGAAGGAGGUAGAAUGGUUUUCAACGUCUUCUGAAAUUAAUAGUUUGGAUGAUAUAAUUAUAGAAAGGGGUUCGAAUUUGAGUAUAGGACAGAAACAGUUGAUCUGUCUAGCAAGGAUUAUUAUAAGAAAAAAUAAAAUCAUUUUGAUAGAUGAGGCCACAUCAAAUUUGGAUAUUGAGACCGAUGCAAUGAUGCAAAAGUUGAUAAGAAGGCAAUUCGCAGAUUGCACUGUUCUUGCCAUUACUCAUCGUGUUAGCACCGUAUUGGAUUAUGACAAAAUAAUGCUAAUUGAUUCUGGAGAACUGAUAGAAUUUGCCAGUCCAAAAGAUUUACUCAGGGAUAAAACUAGCAAGUUAUAUGAUAUCAUACACGAAAAUAAUAAAUGAUAUUUUAUGAAUUA